AUCAUAGAAAGCUGUAGAGAAUUUCAAUUUUGAGUGCAAUCUAAUUAAAGAGUGAAAUGUAGAAUGUGGCGUUACGGCAGCCAUAAGUUCUUUUGAGAGUUUGCCAAUGGAGUUGUUCUCCCUCUGCAUUAGCCAUUUCUAAUUUUCUACUAAAUUUAUUGUCUACCUUACCCUCCAUCUUAUUCCAAACAACCUCAUUAAUGGAUUCCUGUGGCUGUCGCGUUUUACUUCAUCAAAUCAGGUUAUGAACCUUCUCCUUCUGAAUCACCCAAUGUUCGCCCCUAGAACCCUUAGAUCCUUUGCUCGGAUGCCCACUUUUUCCUCUCUUUCUUCCAAAUGGGAAGGUGGAGUUUCAAUGGUGCAAGGAGCUUCCAGAGGAAUUGGCCUCGAAUUUGUUAAACAUCUGCUGGAGAAGAAUGAAAAAGGACAUGUUGUUGCUACAUGUCGAAAUCCUGGACAAGCUACAGGGCUUCUUGAGCUGAAAAACAAGUUUGAUGAACGCCUUUGCAUUCUACAGUUGGAUGUGACCAACGAAACCACCAUUAAGGCAUCUGCAAAGUCUAUAGAAGAAAGAUAUGGGUCGUUGAAUUUGCUAAUUAAUGCGUCUGGCAUUCUUUCAAUUCCUAAUGUAAUCCAACCAGAAACUACCCUGUAUAAAGUGGAGAAAUCUUCUUUGCUUCAUGCUUACGAGGUUAAUGCUGUUGGUCCUAUUCUAGUGAUCAAGCACUUGUGGCCUUUUCUGAAGGCAGGGGGAGGUUCUGGAACAGAAAGAGAAGUUGCUGUCGUUGCCAAUCUAAGCGCUCGGGUGGGAUCAAUUGGAGAUAACCGUCUUGGGGGUUGGCAUUCUUACCGAGCUUCAAAGACAGCACUUAACCAAUUGACAAAAAACGUGUCAGUAGAAUUUGCAAGGAAGAAAGAUCCAAUUGUAUGCAUAUUGUUGCAUCCAGGCACAGUGGACACCGAUCUGUCUAGGCCAUUUCAGAGAAAUGUUCCUGAAGGCAAACUUUUUACAAAAGAGUUUUCAGUCCAAAAGCUCAUGACAAUCAUCAACAAUGCAAAGAGCCAAGACAACGGCAAGUUUUUUGCUUGGGAUGGUCAGGAAAUUCCCUGGUAGCAUGAACUUCAGUUUAGUCAACUUUUUAUACAUAAAAUUAUAGAUACCUCUCAUUUUAGGUGAGCACGGCUGUUUCAACACGAGAGGAUCAAACAUGGGGGUAUUCUGCUUUGAUUUAGUGAUUAUUUUAUAUGUAAUAAAUACAAAGAGACUCAAAUGUUCAAAAACCAUGGAGAAAGCAAGAACCACUUGAGUGAAGAAACAGUGUGAAGUUAUAUUUUCAUUCUUUGUUCUUUGUAGUUAUUGAGGAAAUUACAAUAUAUAGUAAAAAAAAUCUUGGAAGUGUUUUCAGUA